AUGUCAGCCUCAACUGACGUGGCACAGAGCACAUAUACCUUUAACUGGGACAAUGUUUGGCACCUGGCAUACGCAGUGAUAAUGAUUGCCAUUCUCUCCAUUGGUUUCCUUGGUAACGCCCUAACAGUGAUCAUCUUACGGAGGCACGAACAUGCCAGUAAAUCACUGACACCACUGAUGUUAAACCUCUCCAUUGGCAGCUUGAUUAUCAUCAUUCUUGGGUAUCCUGUGAUUAUAAGCCUUCUCUUGAGUGGGGGUCAAAUAAGAAAGGAGAACGCUACAUGUAUAUGGAGCGCUUUUGUCAACGGGACAGUCGGUAAGUUUGGGACUUACUUCAUUAAAACAAAAUGCAAUUUAGUUAACAAAGUACAAGAGAAACGAUUCAGAUUGGCCUACAUUUCUGAGAUGGCAAGCAAGAUGAGGCCACAUCUUAUAAUCUAACUCCUUAAAGUAGUGUUAGAUGGCUGGCUUCGACGCGCGUUUAAUAGAGAAGCUUCACACUUGACAUCCAUCACUGCUCCACCAGAAAGAAUGUUAGUGAAACUUUGUCUAACCAGCUGGUAUUCGUAUUUUUCAUCGUAUUUUGCACUGACCCGUGAUAAACCCUCUUAAAACAACUUGAAUUUGCCGGAUGUUAAAAGAUUUAUGGUAAAAAUCACUGAAACUCUUUUCAAUUUAAUUUUACUGUGUUGAAAUAAAUUCAGAAGGUAGUUAAACUGUUGUGAAUCUAAGGGUUUUCCAAACGUGUUUUAGUUACACGUAACUGCGUGCAUGUAGUCCUGAGAGUUAAAUUUGCAGGAAUGAGGGUCCGACCGAAGGUCCUUUGAUUCGAUUCUUAUACUAAGAAUCAACUUACGUAGACUCCCAGGGACUCCUAGGUACGUGUAGGAGAGAAAUCUGGGAACAAAGUUUAACAUCCCUUUUUAUACGAACCUGCACCUACAAAUUGAACCCAUUGUAACUGUGAUCUCUUUUCCACAGGAAUUUCGGGAAUCGCGACCCUGACUGAAAUGAGUGUCGUUAUCAACUACAGCUUGCAGCGUCUCAAUCCUAACUUUCGAUUCUCGAAGAGAACACUGGGAUUCCUUAUUGCUGGUACAUGGAUCUAUGGUAUAGUAUCCAUGCUUCCUCCUCUUUUCGGAUGGAACCGAUUCGCACCAGGUGGGGCUCAGAUAAGCUGUGGCCCUGAUUGGACAGAUAGAACAGCUUCUGGGAUGUCGUACAGUCUGAUACUGGUGGUACUGGGGUUUUUCCUGCCUCUGUUGGUUAUGUGUUCGGCUUAUUACAAAAUAUACAGGUAUAAGUAGCUUGAAAUAUAGUUUCAACCUAUGAACUCGACAUAGACGCAUAAAAUUACGGUCAAUCGUCCUUUUGCGGAAACCUCUGCAAUGCAAAAAACCAUCUCUCUUAUGACGGUUCGAUUCACAGUUCAAACCUGAGACUGCCCCUUCAAUUACAUUAGUAUCAGUAGCUGGCAGAGGUAUUUUGCAGAAGGUCGAAUGACUCUGACUUAUAGUUAUUUAGGGUUAAGAAACUGAGUGAAUUAAGAACGUUUCAGGUCUGUCUUUUCAGUUUAAUGACCCCAAAUGGAACCUGAUUCAUUCAGUUUCACUUAGCCUGCGCCACAGACGAAACUAAACUCUGGCUAAGUCCGUCUGCGAAACAGCGCCGAAAUCCAUAAUCCAUGUUAUAAACCCCAAAUGAGUACCAGGAUUUGAGUACGCGGCAUGAUUGGAUUGUUACAAAAGCCAUUGUCGAUUUGCCAAUCAGGUUGAAAGGAAAUUCGAAAUGCAUUUCCGGUACGAGGAUUUCAGCGCUCCUGUUCAGACGUUACUGACCGGGGUUAAAUUACGUCUGCGACGCAGUCUAGUUUCACUGAACUCAAAGUCAUUCGCGGCUUUCGGCAAAAUACCCCUGCCGAUCAGUGGAUCUAAGACGUAGUAACAUGUAGCAAUUCUUAACUUUCAGGCUCCUUCGUAACCGAGAGCUUUUUAUUGGUGAAUGUCGCCACUUCCAAGUGCGCCAAAAACUUUACAUGACCAAGCUAGUACGCAUGACAGUGAUAGCCAUCGCAGUUUUCAUGCUGAGCUGGGCGCCAUAUUGCUUGGUCAGCAUCGUGGCCGUCUUCAAAGGUAGCCAUGUAUUCACCAACGGCGAAGCAGAGAUCCCAGCGCUUAUGGCAAAGGCCUCAGUGAUUUACAACCCUAUUGUUUAUAUUGUGACGAAUGGAAGUUUUCGUGCAAGUUUUUGGAAAGUUAUUUCAUGCGAGAGACGGAACUUUGUGUUACACAUCAACAGAAAUGUCGCAGUGGUCAAAGGAAGUUCGAGGAGAUUCCAUUCAAGACGCAUGGCGAUCUUUUUUAAACCGCUGAAUGAAGUCAACGUAUUCACUGGUGCGUAUAUAGUGGGUCUCUCUCACCGCUGA